AUGCUAGUCGCUUACUAUCGCCACCACGGCGUUCACAGCCUGAUGCUGGUCGUUUGUCACACGGACAUUGCGGAUUCUCGCCUUUGGACGCUGUGGCAGCACUUCAACCUCAACGAUUUCUAUGUGCAGGUCAGUACGGCGACCUCGCUAAGGGACCUGCGACAUGUCGAUGUCCUGGAUGAGCAGAAGGACGCACCACCGCCGAAGAGUUUCCACGCCAACAACUCCACCCAUUGGGAGACGUCCUUUCUGCUCCCCAUGUUGCCCUAUAAAAUGGGAAUCCUUCUGCUGGAAUUCAGCAGCGAGUGCGCAUUAAAUCUACUUCGCUGGUCGGCUGCGUCGGAGCAUAAUUACUUCACCACCAAUCGGUUUUGGUUGCUCCUUACCGAAGAUCAAGCCGAAAUCGAUUUACUGGAGGAUCCCGAAAUAUUCAUUCCGCCGGACAGUGAAUUGAGGGUGCUGCACUAUGAAAACGACGGCAACUUCUCGUCCAGCUUGAUCGAUCUGUACAAAGUGGCUGCUUGGAAACCUUUAAAGAAAAGAUUGGUGGGACAUAACAUCCGGAAUGCGAGGCACAUAGUUCACGCCCUGCAGCACUUUGGAUCGGCCAUAACCUAUAGGCAAAAUCUCGAAGGGAUAGUCUUCAACUCGGCCAUAGUUAUUGCCUUCCCAGAUCUAUUUACAACUAUCGAAGAUUUGUCGCUCAGACAUAUUGAUACUAUAUCAAAGGUUAACCAUCGCUUGAUGCUAGAACUGGCCAAUCGCUUGAACAUGAGGUAA